AUGCACAAGCCACGAGCCGGGCAGGAGCACAACAUGCUUACACCGGAAGGGAAGAAAAUUCCAACACGUGGACGUGGAAUGAGCAAGAAGGAAAGCUUGAUCGAUAUGCGUGAUUUGAACAAAGAAGGUGAAGCUGAGGAGCCGAAGAAAAAGUCCGGGGAAGUGCCACAAGGCAUAGAUACCAUGGAGACACAGAUUAUGGAGGAGCCUGAGUCCCAGGCUUGGUCGCCCUCUCCAGUACAUGCCAUGCAAUCGCUUGACCUGUCUCCGGGCAUGGCCUUACCAUCGAAAUUGUGCCGAGGGAAAUCCAAAUCCUUUUUGGGCUCACAGCCAUCAGGAGAUAUUGUUACUUUGGAUGAAUCAGACGAUGGUGGCUGUGAAGAUCAGGAUGAUGGCUCCGAGGCAGAAUUGUGCUUAAAGGGUGACAGUGUGGAAGUCUUCCAAGACAAUGACACGGUCCAGAUUUGUGACAGUGAUGAUGAAUGUCUGAUGUCUCCACCACGUCCAAAGGGGGAAGAACGAAGAGCUGAAGAAGAGAAACCUGUGGCUGAGGCACCACCCACACAUGCGCCAGUGCUGAAGCCGAAGGAGGAGCCAAAUGAGCAGGACCCACCAAUUGAGCAGACAUGCAAGGAGAAGCCAAAAGAGGUGAUCCAAACACCACAUCGUGAGGUUGUUGCUGGUCAAUCAGAAAGAAAGGUCAAACCAGAGAUUGAAGAAUCAAAGGAGCAUGUGGAACCGAAGAUUGAAGAAACAAAGGAGCCAGUGGGUGAGCCAUUCAAAGAAGACAUCCCGUUGCCAGCCGACAAAGCCUUGGAAAGCAAGCGUGAAAUGGAGGCACUUGCAGCAGUGGAAGAACAGGAUCGGAAGCCUUUGGUAGACCUGCCCGACAUGCCAAAGGAUCUAGAGACUGAAGUCCGAAAAGUUCUAGCAGCUCAGAUUGAGCAAACCAAAGCCGAAGCACAAGCAGAAAUUUUGAAGGCCCAAAACGCUUUGGCUAAAAUGCAAAAGGAAGCUGAUGCAGAGUUUGAAGAUCCUGACCGCGCCUUUCGAGACGAGGAUAAUGAUCAGGAUGAGGCAGAGGAGAAGAAGACACGAGGUGUGAGUGGUGAAGCUGGUGGGCCACACGCGUCUUCUAGCGUGGAUGUUCCUCCUGCAGUUUCCGAAGAAAAGAAGGACGAGAGUCUUGAAGUUGGAGUUGAAGGGGGUGAAGAUUUGAUUCGAACUCCUACAAAGAAGCAAAGGAGAAAGGCAGUGAAGCGGGCUGUGGCGCAAAGCCCAUACAACCAAGACAAUAAGAAAGCCAAGAAAGGGGAGGAAAAGAAGGAUGAUGGAGAGAAGCCUGGAGAUGGUGAGCGUGAAGAAGUGCCAGAGGAAAAAGCAGAGGAAGGUACGAAGAGAAGGCGACGAGCUUUAGAUGAAGCUGAGAAGAAAAAGCUUGAGGAGAAAUUGGACAAGGCAUGA